CCACGAAGCUUAGCAUAAAACGGCAAUUACACUGCGCAAACUUGCCUAUAGCUGCAACCGGGUCGCCAGAGGCCGGUACGGUACGCUGCCGCACAUUGGGCAGCAUCAAAACGGUACCGGCGCCAAGCAAUCAAUCUAGAAGCAGGGGGGUCGCACCAGUGCGCUGCCCGAUAGCAAGGCCUUGAGCAACACAAGGGCACCGAUGGCCUACCUCAACCGCGACCCAGGCAUGUGUCGCUUCGAGCCUGACCCGGCACGCGGACGCAACGACCUCGUUUCUGGGCAGGAAGCGGCGCUGCGGCUCCUCGCGCGCCAGGGCCGUCGUGAGCCGCACUGCUUCCGCGACCUCAGCUACGCCAAGCCGCCACCGGAAAGCUGGCGCCUCGCGGAUGCCCGAGACGCGUGCGACGCGGUCGCGUCAGAGCUGGAGCGCGAGAUUGCCGCCGAGACGAUACGGCUCGCCGCGCGGCGGGCGCCGCGGCGCGCGGCGGCGGCGGCCGUGCCGGCGGUACCGCGUACUGUGAUGGAAGACGGUAAGACGAUCUGGGGCGCGUGGGAUUGGGAGGGUCCCGCACACGACGCUGCGAACGCCGCCGCCGACGACGCGAGGCACGAAGCGCUGCGGCACGACUGGGUCGAGCACGCCGCAAGCUGUGUGGACAUCAAAUUUCGGGCGCCCCACGCCAUCGACGCGACGUGCUUCAAUAGCUGCGCGAUGGCGUGGCAAUUCCACGCCAUCGACGCGGUCACGGGGAUAACCUAACUCACUGGUUGAUUUCCGCACAGGCCGCGACGAAGGCGAAGGAUGACGACGCAUACAAGGAAUCCAUCACGGAGCGGUCGAAUCUGUACGACGCGCUGGGCUGGGACGACGUCUCGGCGGCGCGGGCGGCAUCGUCGGAGGCGCUCGAGCGCGAUAUGUAUAGGCAGAACGACGCGAUGAUCGAGGGCCGGCGCCGAGCGCGCGUCCGGCUCCGCUGGGCGGGUGCGAAAGCCGCGACGCGUGCGAUCGGCCGGCACGCGGUGGCGGCCGCCAACCAAUUCGACGUACUCGCAGAAAAACUUGACGCGGAGCUCGCCGCCGCGGAAAGGGAGGCGCACGCCGCCGCGACCGACGUGUCGUCGUCGCGACCAGCGGCGCCGACCGAGGACGCGGCGUUCGCAGCGCUCGCCGACGGCCUCGGCGACGACAACGGCGGCCCUGGAGAGACCGAACAGGAGGAGUUCGAAGCAAUUGCCGCCGGCCUCGGCGACGUCGACCGAGAAAUAGCCGAGGACGAACGAGCGAUAGAACGACUGCUGAGCGGCGACGACGAGCAGGAGGCGUUCGCGGCGCUGGCCGACGGCCUCGGCGACGUCGACGAGCCGCCGACCGAACAGGCGGAGUUCGCGGCGCUCGCCGCCGGCCUCGGCGACGGCGGAGAGUAG